CUAGAAAAUAAAAAACAAAUAAAAAGAGAACAAUUUAUUGCAGGAAAAAAAAAAAUUCUUCUCGAAAAGAAAACCAAGGAUGAAGAUGAUGAGAGAGUUUGGUGAGGGGAUUUUACGGAGAAAAAGUUCAGAAAAAAAUGGAAACCCACACCAUUGCUAGCGCCUGCAUAACAAGCUGAGGAUCGAGUAGAAAAAGUAAAUUAAAGAUGUUGUUUCAGGUAGGAGGGCAAGGGACUCGUCCCACUUUCUUUGAGAUGGCUGCCGCUCAACAGCUCCCUGCCAGUCUCCGCUCCGCUCUCACUUACUCCAUCGGUGUAUUGGCGUUAAGGAGGCCUCUCCUCCAUAAAGUGUUAGACUACGAAGAUGAAUUCUUCGCUUUACUGAUGCUGAUUCUCGAAACUCAUAGCUUGCGAACAACAGAUGCUUCUUUUGCUGAAUCGUUGUAUGGUUUGCGAAGGAGAGCUGUGAAAAUAAAGGUGAAGAAAGAUGACACUCGAACCAAUUCAAAUGAUGGGAUCCGUCGUUCUGGAUUAGAGAAGCACCAAAGGGUUCUUUCUGUUGUAUUUCUGGUUGUCCUGCCAUAUUUUAAGUCAAAGUUGCAUUCCAUCUACAAUAAAGAAAGGGAAGCCAGACUUCAAGCAAGCCUAUGGGGAACUGCCGAUGAAGGAUUUGAAGAUGCUGGUUAUUUUGAUGGAAGGGAGAGUUCUCUUGUUCCAAGAGAGACUGUGGAUGCAGAAGUAUCAAUUAGAAUAGCUGCAAUGAAAAAAAUUCAGAAAAUUAUAGCUGCUUGCUACCCUUGGAUACAUGCGAGCAGCGAAGGUACAUGCUCUUUUUAAGUUAUUGUGUUGUCUUUUGUUUUUCAUGGUAAAAUACUUUUAGAUACUGCUACGACAAUGAACAUAAUCUCAAAUAAUUACCCUCUUUUUUGCACUGUCAUGCACCUUUUGUUAUCCUUAAUAAUCUUAAAAUAUUCUAAGUUUGGCGUUUGAUAAUUCAUGCAAAUUUUUUCGUAGAUGAUGGAGUGGUGGUACCAAUCUGCUGAGGAGAGGAUGUCUGCCCCAACUGUCUACCCUGCACCACCACCUCCUCCUCCGCCAAAGAUCUCCAAGGAGGGGAUUCCACUACCACCUGAUAGAACGAUCUGCCCAUUGUGCUCACAGAAACGUGCAAAUCCAUCAGUGGUUACGGUCUCAGGCUUUGUCUUCUGUUAUGCUUGCAUAUUUAAAUAUGUUUCUCAGUAUAAGCGCUGCCCAAUUACAUUAAUGCCAGCAAAUGUCGAGCAGAUAAGGAGGCUCUUUCAUGAUAUGUAGAUACUCUUAUUAUUUGAAACAUCCAACAAUCAAAGCCAGACAUACAAGCAGAGAGACUGAGAACCAAGCAGAAUAAUGAAGCUGAUAAGCUUGUGUUCUAUUCCAUUUUUUCUCAUAAUCUUUUGGGGGAUACCAUCCUACCACACAUUUUCAUGUGUUGCAUUGAUUCUUGUAUUUCUAGAAGAAAAGUCGCUUAGGAAAUAUCCAUCACCUAGCUACAACUUUUGCUCGUUAGGUAGGUUAGCUGUUGACUGGUAUAACGGUUGUUGGUGAUGCCAACAAGAUUUGUAAGCACGAACAAUGGAUUAGCAAUUAUAAAGAAAUAUAAUAGAGGAUUAUUUGCUGUCUUCA